AUGAAUCCAUUGAAACGCCGCCGUUUACUAUUUAGUAAAGCAAAACUAAAAGCCGUUAGUAGAACAUCAGCAUUACUUUCCGGUUUUGCAAUGGUUAGUGGUCGGUCAGUGGCUAUGGUAGAAGUCUCGUUGGAUGAUCAUAAAAAUUCAAAGUCAAACGUAUCAAAUCCAUUAUUAAUUGUUUAUUCAAUUGUUACAUGUUUAUUAGUUGGUGUUCAUCUUUUAGCAUUAAUGAUAAGCACUUGUAUUUUACCACAAUUGGAAGCAGACAGUAUUAUAGGCUCCGAAGAAUCAUCGCAUGAAACAAUGCAUAUUUAUAUUGAACUUGCUUGGAUCUUAAGUACUGGACUUGGAAUAUUUUUAUUUCUUGUGGAAAUUUCACUUGUAUGUUGGGUGAAAUUUUUCUUCGUCACUCGUAUGGCUGCCAUUGCCACAACGAUUGUGAUUAUUCCCAUCAUUAUUAUAUUUUGUGUAUUUUCUCUACAUUUUUAUCGACGUUUAGUAUCAUUUAAAUUAAGUCGACAUCAGGAUGAAUUGAAUGAAAUUGAAAAUUCGCUAUCAAUUCGAAAAUUGGCAUCAAAUAAUGAUUGUUAUAACUCAGCCAUACAACAGAGUGAAAAAGCCAUUUAUUACGUAAACCGUGCACUAUGUUAUAUUAAAUUAAAACAAUGGGAUAAAGUAUAUCUUGAUUCUCGUCAUGCUUUGGAUCUUGAUUCGACGUAUAUCAAAGCUAACUGUUAUCUUGGCCAAUAUUAUUUGGAACAACAACGGUACGAUGAGGCAAUCUAUUAUUUUAAAUAUUCAUUAGACUUAUGUAAACUACAAAAUAAAAAUUUUGGUGAUGAAAUUAAUCGCCUAUUACGUAUUGCACAAAAAAAUCGCUUUCUUCUAAUUGAAAAUAAACGUAUUGAUUGUGAAAUUGAAUUACAAACUUAUUUGAAAACAUUAAUUAUGAAUGAUAAAGAGAAGAGAAUUCAACAAAGAAUUGAAAAUUAUAUUCAUGAUAAAGAGCAAGAAAAAAAGGGUGAAAGUAUCAAUGAGAAUAAUUCGAAUGAAAAUACUAAACACUAUGUUAUUAAUGUGACACCAAGAGAAAAGACAAUGGUAUCAGAGUCAAUGGACACAACAAAUAGACUAUCGAACAAUGGUGGAAAUAGUAGUGAUUUACCGUUAUCUAAACAAUAUUUAUCAAAAGCGAUUGGUCAUCAUAAUACUGAAAUAUCAACAACCCUAGGAACAUUGACGAGUGGUACUGGAACUGCGGUUACCGGUGCUACAACAACCACAACAGCAGCAUCACAAACAAUAGGAUCAAAUAUAAUUGAUCAUCAGUUAGAAGAAGAUUUAAAAGAUAUUGAACGAGUAUGUGAUAAAUCAUUAAGUGAAAUGAAUCGAUUAUUCAAUGAAUUAGAUCAACGAAGACAAAAACGAGAAAUACCGGAAUAUUUAACGUGUAAAUUAUGUUAUGACAUAAUGCGUGAUCCAGUGAUAACGCCUUAUGGCAUAACUUAUUGUCGAGGAUGUAUCGAAGAAAAUUUAUUUAAAGUGAAUCAUAUGGAUCCGAUUGUCAACAAGCCAUUGGUUGUUGAACAAUUGAUUAACAAUUUAGUAUUGAAAGAAAUUGUCGAAAAGUUUAUUAAAGAUAACGAUUGGGUAGAUGCUGAGUUGUUCUAA